AUGAAGACUAGUCAUGUGUGUGCUGAACGAGCCAGGGAGCGCAAGCAGCAACGCCAAGCCAAGUGUUAUAACCGCAAGGCUACAGCGAAGGACAUCGAGGCGCAGCUUGAACAUGAAGGUACGGACGAAUUCGGGAAAGAUAUCGCGACGGCAGGCGCGGCUACUGUAGCAACGGCGGCUCCAGUAUACACAGCAGUUGCGACAGGAAGCCGAAAGCGAGAAGCACGAACCACGGCGAGUCAGGAACCACGACUCGACUCGAACAUCAAGAUGGUGGAUAUACGACGACGAAAGCGGCGCAACGAGGCAGGACAAUAUGUCCUUGAUUUCGAGCUACGGCCGUUUGUGGAGCUGGAUCCGGUCGGGCAGGAACCAAUGGAGGCAAAGACGUUGGCCAGCGCUGGGUCUCGACCAGAGAAUACGAUGCAUUGUUCGAAGCCGACAGAGUCGUGGAAGACUCUGUAUCUGGAGAAGGCGUGUAACAGGGCAGUGGCUCGGAAGUGCCGAAGUGUAGGACGAAGUGAGGUGGGUGAGCAGCUGCGGACUGGCGUGCGGCCAAAGAAGAUUGGCUGCGCCAGGAUCGUGCGAGCUAUGUGGCGUGCGGCCAAAAUGAAAACCGGCGGCGCCAAGUGGAAGAGAGCUCAGUUCGGAAUUGGCGGUGUCGAGCACAACCAGCUCGAAGAUCGCGGGUGCACGGGAGACACCAGCGACGCGACAGAGCCGUACGACAGAGUGCGGUACUAA